UGAUAUUAAAAAAAAAGAGGACAAGAAUCCUAUCCUUUUUUCACAUUUUUUUUUAUUCUUUUAAUGCUUAAAUAAUUAUUCUUUUAUAUGUCUAAGGUAGUUGUCGAUGACAUUGUGAGAACAGACGAUUACAUUCGUUUUAUUAAUGAUCUUAAAGCAUUUCAUAAUAGUAAAGGAACAACCUUGCUUGUAGAACCUGUUUUAGGAGGGAAAAAAAUUGAUCUUUAUAAAUUAUAUCAAGAAGUUAUUGCUGCUGGCGGCUUUGAUCAAGUUACAAAGAAACGAAGUUGGAAACAAAUAGGGCCUUUAUAUUAGAAACUUGUUGGGUUGGGAAGAAGAGCAGGUUUGGCAUAAAGAAUGGAUUCCUCCAGAAGAAUUAAAAGGUCCUGAAGCUCAUAAAGCA